AUGCUUCGGGAGGCACAACAAGGCACAGAUUCUGCUGAAACUCCGCGCGAGUCCUGGAGACAGACCCUUGCCAAGGAUAUCGGCAAGUUGUCGGCAAGCCACGAAAACCAAUCGCGCAGAAAGAUGCCACUGACAAGCAGAGGAGCGACCUUAUUGCAAAAUCAUAGAGACACUGCGCGCAAAUUCAAACAAGCAACAGCCGACUAUGAGACCACUAUCCAGACCUACAACAUAGACGGGACUGGAGCAAAAGAGCCAUGCCAGAAAGGCUUUUUACUGAAGCAAAAAGCUAUGGAGACAAUGGGGGACUUGCUUCGAAAAAAGGAAGAUCCCAAGCAGAGCAUAUUGGUCCCGGGACAGGCUAUCACUGGAAAAGCUCAAAUACUCAGGUGUGGACGAGAUAUCCCCGCGGUCUCGAAGACAUUGCUCGCCCUCGCGACAAGAAGAUCAAGGAUCACGAGCGACCCAUCAGGAGACAUGAGCGGAUCAUUCGAGUCCAACGCCGUGCACGUUGAGAAACCAUCGAUCCCUAGAGACGCUGCCAGAGCGCUGUUUGCGGAGGCCUCUCCGAACAUCGUGACCAGAGGACUAGGCGAAAGCCGAGAAAGGCCAGAGUCCGAGCUGCUGGUAGGCGGCACAUGUGUCCGGGCUGUUGCUAGGGUGCAGCACGCUGUCAUCCGCCAUUUCUCAGGUGUCCUCCACGAACCGGCUACUCUUACGACCUUCUAUCGGGUCGCCGAAAGCACGAAUGAGGCCUGGGUGCCAACCACGACGGACGAGCGUGCCUUGUCCACCUUGUUCCACGCUAUUACAAUCCCUAAACGCUCCGCUAGGGACGCUACUGGCGUCGCUGAUAAGGUCGGUCUGAGCUACUGA